AUGCCUAAGGAAGCCGCCAAGUUCUCCCCAGGUGACGCCGGAAAAGGCGCCAAUCUGUUCAAGACUCGUUGCGCCCAGUGCCACACUGUCGAGGCUGGCGGUGCCAACAAGAUCGGUCCUAACCUGCACGGCCUUUUCGGCCGUCAGACCGGUUCCGUUGAUGGCUACUCCUACACCGAUGCCAACCGUCAGGCUGGUGUGACAUGGAGCGAGGAUACUCUAUUCUCCUACCUCGAGAACCCCAAGAAGUUCAUCCCCGGAACCAAGAUGGCCUUCGGUGGUCUUAAGAAGGGCAAGGACCGGAACGAUCUUAUCACUUACCUGAAGGAAAGCACUGCUUAA